ACAUGGCUUGGCUUAGUUUCGUACAGUUAAUUUUCAGCUGCAGAAAGUAUUAAGUGAUUUUGUUUUUCUUCGUUACUGUAGUGAAAAUGAUGAAGGAAUUACUUCUAACCACAUUUUUAGUAGUUUUCUGUAGCGCCUUCGGUCAUAGAUAUACGGUGAGGUCCUUAAUUGACCAAUAUUACCAAAAGCUUGGUCGUGACUCUCAUCCAAAGCCAAUUGACUACUCUCGCAAUGGUAUACGUGAAAAAUUAUUCGAUUUUGGAAAUGCGACAUUCAUUGGCAAUAUUUCGAUUGGAACUCCACCUCAAUAUUUUAAAGUCAUUUUUGACACUGGUUCUUCAAAUUUUUUGGUUGCAUCAGCUGGUGCAUGCGCACCAGAAACUAUUGGUACAGUAAAAGCAUACGACGCUUCCGCGUCCAGCACAUACCAGGCAAAUGGGACUGCAUUUAGUAUUGGCUUUGUGUCCGGUGGAUUCGAUGGUUAUUUGUCAACCGAUGUUGUGAAUAUUGGUGGAGUCUCGAUUGAUAAUCAAACAUUUGCUGAAAUUAAGGUGUGUCCAUUGUUUAGCGGAGCUCCGUUUGACGGUAUAAUUGGUUUGGGAUACGGUCGAGUCCCACAGGGUGAUGGUAUAUCAACCCCACUUAUUAAUAUGUUCAAUCAACAAUUGAUUGACAUUAAAAUGUUCUCGUUGUAUUCAAAUCGUAAUUCAAAGGGAGAUUGUCAUGGCGGUGAAAUAAUAUUCGGUGGUAAAGACAAAACACGCUAUAUUGGUGAUUUUGGUUAUGUACCGCUUACUGACGACGGUUAUUGGACAAUCAAUGUAGAGAGGCUUAUCGUCAACAAUCAGUCGAUCUCUAAUAAUACUGUCGGUUAUGUCGAUACUGGAAGCUCCACAAUUGUAGUACCACCGGAACACCUUGCUGCAGUUAAUGAAGCAAUAGGUGCGACAUCGAGUCCUACCGAAAGUCCCACACAAGGUUCGCCGGUAACGUAUUACACUGUAUCAUGCGAUGGAAUUGAAAAUUUACCGAAUGUUCAGUUCAUAUUGAAUGGAAUGCCAUUCGAAUUGCAGUCAAGUGACUACAUUUUUAAGAGAAGUCCAACCGAAUGCAUAUCGUUAUUUGUUACAGUUGGCUACCCAUUUUGGAUUAUAGGACAACCAUUCUUGCGACGAUUCUAUUCAAUAUUCGAUUUAGAGAAUAAUCGAAUUGGUUUUGCGAAAAUUGCUGUAAGACCAGCAACGCAUAUUUUACAUCCCUUUAAACAAUGGUUUGAAGAUUAGGAACCGUUUACAUUCACAAUUGUCGAUUUUUCGGUGACGUUUAUUACAGUUAGUGUUACUGUUAUCACUAGAAUUUAUUGUUAUCUGCGAAAAUGCUGACCACCCCUAAUGUGGUCAAUUCUUCCGCGGAAACGAACUGUUUCUACUUCAAUUUUAAUAAAAUAUUUGACUAA